AUAGCAACAGCAUCCAGUGCAUUUUCCUCCUCCUGGAUACACACAUCCUCGAGCCGCCCUGUGAUUGGACGAGCUCCCUUCGGAUGUCACUGGGGCAACCGAAUGAUGGGAAUUUUAACACAUGGACGGAAACGCAGCCGCUGAAUGUGACUGGCUCCCGGCGCGCGGCUUCCCAUUCGGGCACAAGUGAGGUCGAAAGACCGCGGAGGCCGGCUGUUGGACCGUUCGCACAUCCGUCUGCGGAGGGAGGGUCCGCACGGUUUUUUUUUUUUUCUAGCUCGGUACGGGAGCCGAGCGGGGACCAGUCGGUUGGGCAGCAGCGGCCGUGGGUCUCCACACCCGAGAGUAUGGCGGCUGGGAUGGCGCUGGAAAAGCGAGGGAGAAGCGGAGCCAUGCCAGAGAUGUUGAACAAGAAAACAAAGGGACGCAAGUUCUUCAAUUAAGUGUGGAACUACUUGUAGUCGGUGCUGUGUUUCCACGAGACCGCAUCCGGCUUGAAAAAUAUCGCGCGUGCACUUUCAGCCAGCGUCUUCCCCAGUGUCCUCGAUGGAGCAAGUUUUGUUUGUGUCCUGAUGCGUAGAGAAGGGUGAGUUAAGCAGAUGAAAACCCGCACGCUCCACAUCAUCGGGCGACAUCUCCUUCCUGCCCGUGCACAUUUCUGGACAAUUGCGGUGUUCGGAUGCCCGUAUCGCUGUCUGGCCUGCAUGGGGGACUUUCUACAAUGAAAUCCAUCUUGGGCCACCGAGUCUUUGUGCUCUGCCAUAGCUGAGCGGCGGCGAGCAAAGACGGUGUUAUUGACAACUCGUUCAAAAAUGGGCAUUUUUGUUUGAACAUUCCGAGUCCACGUAGAUUUGAUACCCUUUACGACUUGAUCCAAAACCCACGAUGCGCGAGUACAAAGUGGUGGUCCUGGGCAGCGGCGGGGUCGGGAAAUCCGCCCUCACCGUGCAGUUCGUCACCGGGACAUUCAUCGAGAAGUACGACCCCACCAUAGAGGAUUUUUACCGCAAGGAGAUCGAGGUGGACUCCUCGCCCUCGGUGCUGGAGAUCCUGGACACCGCCGGUACCGAGCAGUUCGCCUCCAUGCGGGACCUUUACAUCAAGAACGGUCAAGGAUUCAUACUGGUCUACAGCCUCGUCAACCAGCAGAGCUUCCAGGACAUAAAGCCGAUGAGGGAUCAAAUCAUAAGAGUGAAAAGGUACGAGAAGGUUCCUGUGAUCCUGGUGGGGAACAAGGUGGACUUGGAAAGCGAGAGGGAGGUGUCGUCCAGCGAAGGUCAGGCCCUGGCCGAGGAGUGGGGCUGCCCCUUCAUGGAGACCUCGGCCAAGAGCAAAACCAUGGUAGACGAACUGUUCGCGGAGAUCGUUCGGCAGAUGGACUACGCCGCCCAGCCAGACAAGGAUGACCCGUGCUGCUCCUCGUGCAAUAUACAAUAGCCCCGGGGGCCUCCAGGAACAGGCCAGGCAAAAAAGUAUACUCACAGGACGCUCCACCAACCCGACACACACACACACACACACACACACACACACACGCACACGCACACACACACACGGCAAUUAGACGGAUAACAAAUUCAUGGUUGAGCGCAGUGGAGUUUUAACUCCACGGAGCAUAAAAUCAGCAGUGACAUGAUCAUUAAUAAAGAGAUGUGAGUAAUGAAUACGUUUUGAACGAGGAAUGCCCGGAAUUUGCCGCAGGAGAAAUUGACAAAUGACAAAAAGGAACAGGCCUUAUGUUACUCUCUUCUGUGGUUUGGGUGUGUCUUCAUCCUUUUGAGUUGCGGAGGGGGGGGGGGGGGGGGGGGGAAGGAAUCAUCAGAAAUCAAUCACAGAUUAAGAUAGUUACCGUUUAGGUUGUUCUAUAAUUUCUUAUAAAUUAGUAAAAAAAAAAGGUGUUUUCGCCUGGUUUUGUUACCAUAACUAGGUUGCAAGUAGCUACAGUACACACAUUCAAUAACAGAUUUAUGGGCUCCAGUUGUUUUACAUAGUAAGAAGUAUUUGAUUUACAGUAUGUACAAUUGUUCUCCCAGUUUAGUUUGUGCAUUGAUGGUUGGAGGUUUUUUUUCCUACUCAUCACAGGGCUGAACCAAAGAGGUGACCUGAAAGCACCUCCAUUUUCUUAUCAAUAUAUAUAUAUAUUUCUUUUCUAUCAUCAAAAAAAGGAAUGGAGAGAAAAUGGAAGACAAGUCAGUGUCUUUCUUGACACAUUGGUGCAGGCAUCUCUUUCCUAUCUUCUCACUUUGAGACACAAUAGCAGAGUCUUUAACAUAUCGUGUGACGUUUCAUUUCCCCCCCCUGCGAGACUCAGAUUGCCGAGUAGUAAUAUAACUAACUGCUUCACCCUGAUGGGACAAAGAGUUCAUCGUUUCAGUUUUUGAAUAUCUCUACAGAUGAUAUCUCUCUCUCUCGCUCUCAACUCUCUUUAGGAAUCGGUGACAUUUAAAGUGAAGAUGCCAACAUUUGUCAUACUUUACAUAUUCUUUUUUUUCUCUCCUCCGAUCAAUAUGAAAACGGGGUGCUCAAGAGUUUCAACAUCCUGAUCUCAUUCUGUCUGUGCUCAGAGUAUUUCGAAUCCAUAGUAACACGUAGUAACGACGAAGGCGACGAUAACAACAAUAAUAAUAAACGGUAGUGUACAUAUUUUGUAUUGAAAGUGCCAGCUCCUGUGAAGACACCGACUCAACACGUGUGGAACUGUCAACUGUAUGCAUGGCUAGUAAACAAAACAAAAAAGGACUCUUAAUUGUUUGAGAUAACUAUAGGCUGUGGAAAUGUGCAAACCAAAACACAUGUCAGGAUCUGGACACUGUCUCGGCUGUACAUCUGUGCUGCCACGGGAACCAGACUGGCCCCGCGUGACCAUUUUCAUUGUUGAUUUUAUAUUUUUUUAUGUGACCAUUUACUCUUUAUUCCCUCUCUGAAUGGUGACGCUGUUACAUUGGACACCUGAACAAUAAAAGUGCGUGAAACACUUCUUCUUUU